AUGGAUUUAAAUGAAAAUGAAAAAAGUCUAAUUCAAGCAGUAUCUAAAGGUGACGAAGGAAUAGUUCGACAAUUACUAUGUGAAUCCAACGUUUCCAUUGAUUGCUGCGACGAGACUGGCAUGACCCCCCUGAUGCAUGCUGCAUAUAAAGGAAAUGCAAACUUCUGUGAUCUCUUAAUAAAAAAUGGCGCUAAUGUAAAUUGUAACAACCAUGAAUAUCAGUACACGCCUUUGAUGUUUGCUGCCUUAGCCGGCUCAGUGGAAACUGCUAAGGUGCUACUUGAAGCUGGUGCCUCGACAAAAGCUACAAAUAAAGUCAAUCGAACAGCGUCGCAACUUGGCGCCUUUGUUGGGCAGCAUCAUGUUGUCAGCUUUAUCAACAGCUUCGUGCCUUUUGAAGAAUUGGAAUAUUUCACAAAGCCACACGGCUUAGAAACUGAACCGAAAUUACCACCUUUAAUGGCUCGAAUUUUUCAUAAAUUACUACUAAACUCAAAUAUGAAUCCUUGUCGCAUCGUUAUCUUCCUGAUGGAUAACAAAGAUCUAGUCGACAACUGGGAGAUUGCUGUAUCGAUGUUAGAGCUGCUUUGUGAAAGAAGUAUGAAAGCUCAAGAAACUAACGAAAUCAUGUCAAUGAGAAUGCAUUAUUUUUCAUACAUUAUUAAAGCAGUCGUAAAACAUGAAGAUGGACCUAUGGCAUUUUUGAAACAUUUACUAAAGGGUAGUGAACCCAAUGGUGUGCAAAUAAGGAUGGAGCAAUUCAUCCGGCAAGCGAUUAGAAGUUUUCCAUAUCAUGAGUCUACCUUAUUUGUGCAGUUAGUGCGCAAUAUCGCUCCAGUGAAAUUGGGAGAUGAUCCUUCUUCUCUUUCCGUUUUAACGACUGGUAUUAAUGGUCAUCAAAGUGCCGACUUCAGCGAUUGUUGCUAUACUUGCGGAGAGAAAAGAGCCAACAUGAAAUGUUCAGCUUGUAAAAAGGUUAAGUAUUGCGAUCAAAGAUGUCAGAAAUUUCACUGGUUCACACACAAAAAAUUUUGUAAAUAUUUUGCCGAAGAAUUCUUACGCGAACAAAAACUACAAGAAGCUGAGGAGAACAUUUCACAAUCUGCCAAUACUUGCAUAAGUGAAGCAAAUAUUUCUGGCGAAACCUCUGAUCCCAAAUCAGAACAAUGA